GGUGGGAGGUACAGUCGGUGGAAGGUGGGGCUGUCAGGUCCCGGGGUGUCUGGAGUCCCCCAAAGCGGCACCAUGGGGACUGGUUCCUUGCAAGGCUGUCGGAGCCCAAACCCUCUCCGCGCCCACCCAGGUGCGCCUUAGCCAGGCUGGUGUCCCCUCAGCCCUAGGCCGGGAUCGAGUCCCAUACUCCUCCCGAGUUACCCCCUCCCCCUCCCCCGGAGCCCACUGGCCUCGUUUCAGGCCUGGGGAUGGCCCCUGGCCCUCCCUGACAGGGAGCUCCUGGGCCAAACCUCUUAUUUCAGGGCUGGACCCGAGGCUAGGCUGAGAAGCCCGAGGAUCUCAGGGACAUUGCUAUGGGUCCAGUUCUGACCCCAGACACUGCUCACGGUGACCCAAGCCUAGCCUCUCCCCGUCCUGGGCCUUUCCCCCCUCUGAUCUGGCGCUCUUCCCCUCGCCUCGCUGCUUCCAGCGGGGAAACAGCUCUCCUCCUCCCUGCCAAGUGUAGAUUGUAAGUGCAGUCUUGGGGAAAAGCUUGAAGCCAGGGAGGGAAGUGAGGAGAAUCAAAUCCCCAGAUCUUUGGGGAGACGAAAACAGCCCCCUUCCGCCUGUCGAGCAGGUACGCGGGGCGCUACGGAGCUCAACAAUGAGAGUGGGGUCGAGAUCACAGUCCUGAAGGAACCAGUAUUCUCUCAGCCACCCUGGGGAUGUGGCUGUGAGGCAGGACCCACGGCUCUUGGAGGAAGUGGGGUCUCGGGGCCAUGGCCCAGGUCAGCAUUAACAGUGACUACAGCGAGUGGGGCUCCAGCACGGAUGCCGGAGAGAGGGCCCGUUUGUUGCAGAGUCCUUGUGUGGACACAGUCCCCAAGAGCGAGAGCGAAGUGUCUCCUGGAGGACCCGAGAGACGUACCACUUCUGCACUUGGUGCCAUCGUCAUCGUUGUCAAUGCCUGUCUCGGUGCAGGGCUGCUCAACUUCCCAGCGGCCUUCAGCACCGCUGGGGGCGUGGCGGCUGGCAUCAUGCUGCAGAUGGGCAUGCUGGUUUUCAUCAUCAGUGGCCUUGUCAUCCUGGCCUACUGCUCCCAGGCCAGCAACGAGAGGACCUACCAGGAGGUGGUGUGGGCCGUGUGUGGCAAGCUGACUGGCGUCCUGUGCGAGGUGGCCAUCGCUGUCUAUACCUUCGGCACCUGCAUUGCCUUCCUCAUCAUCAUCGGGGACCAACAGGACAAGAUUAUAGCUGUGAUGGCAAAGCAGCCUGAGGGAGCCAGCGGAGGCCUGUGGUACACAGACCGCAAGUUCACCAUCAGCCUCACUGCCUUCUUUUUCAUCCUGCCCCUCUCCAUCCCCAGAGAGAUCGGCUUCCAGAAAUAUGCCAGUUUCCUGAGCGUCGUGGGCACCUGGUAUGUCACUGCCAUCAUUAUCAUCAAAUACAUCUGGCCAGAUAGAGAGAUGAUCCCAGGGGACAUCCUGACCAGACCAGCUUCCUGGAUGGCAGUGUUCAAUGCUAUGCCCACCAUCUGCUUCGGAUUUCAGUGCCACGUGAGCAGCGUACCCGUCUUCAACAGCAUGCGGCAGCCUGAGGUGAAGACCUGGGGCGGGGUGGUGACCGUGGCCAUGAUCAUAGCCCUGGCUGUCUACAUGGGCACAGGUAUCUGUGGCUUCCUAACAUUUGGAGCUGCUGUGGACCCAGACGUGCUCCUGUCCUACCCCUCAGAGGACGUGGCCGUGGCUGUUGCGCGUGCCUUCAUCAUCCUGAGCGUGCUCACCUCCUACCCCAUCCUGCACUUUUGUGGGCGGGCAGUGGUGGAAGGCCUGUGGCUGCGCUACCAGGGCACGCCGGUGGAGGAAGAUGUGGGCCGGGAGCGGAGGCGCCGCCUGCUGCAGACCCUGGUGUGGUUCCUCCUUACGCUGCUGCUGGCGCUCUUCAUCCCCGACAUCGGCAAGGUCAUCUCAGUCAUUGGAGGCCUGGCCGCCUGUUUCAUCUUCGUCUUCCCAGGGCUGUGCCUCAUUCAAGCCAAGCUAUCGGAGAUGGAGGAGGUCAAACCAGCCAGCUGGUGGGCGCUGGUGAGUUAUGGAGUUCUCUUGGUCACCCUGGGAGCCUUCAUCUUUGGUCAGACCACAGCCAACGCCAUCUUUGUGGACCUCUUGGCAUGACCAGUGCCUCACAGGAAACACACUGCCACACUGGACUGUGAGCCCCGGGUCCAACAUCUCAUUCCGGCUGGUGUGAUGGUAUCUGGACACACGAGUUCUGGGCAGAACCAGCCACACACCUGUGGACAGCACCGGCCCAGCUGCCUCCUUGCUCACCUAGCAUUGUCAAGGAUAAGGCAAAAGGCCCCAUGUCACAGGGGAGCUUCCUCCUCUCUGUUUUCAACUUCUCCAAACCUAGAACCCACUGGCAGAGUCAGUGAGUUUCGAGUGAGAGAGCCUGUUCCAACUUUCCCCUGGAGAAAGACCUUGUGCUGGCAUCCUCCCGAGGGCAACCUGUGCUGGUUCAGGACUAUGCUCAGUAGCCAAGGGCUCAGUGCCUGCCCAUGUCCAUCAGAAACCAGUGGUGUCUUCUCUGAAGACUGGCAACUUCCAAAGGUGGUACUGACAUCAUACAAAUACACAGAGUAUAGGCGAGUCCUUUCCACUCCCCCAUGAGUCUCCUGUGAGUCUGAUAGCUUCCUAAGUUUAUAGGGUCCCCACUCGGACUCUCUCCAAACCUGUUGGUCCAGGUUGGGCAUCGUUCUCCUGCAUCCCCAGACAUCACCAAGUCUAAUGUUUACAAAUGGUACCAGCCUGGUUCUGGAACUAGGGGCUACCAUGCCAUGGUGCUGUGAGCACUUCUCCGUUAGCUUUCCCCCAUGUUUGUUUCUACAAGAUUCUAGAUGGGCCCACCUUUCAGAGCCUCAAGGGUCGAUGACAGGGAACCUUUUGGACCCUCUUUGUGUGCUGGGCUGACCAGGAUCCAGGACACCAUUGCUUCUCUUCUGCCCCAUCGUCCAUUCCUUCCCCAGCCAAGCUUAACCGAAGGACCCACAGAGAGAAAGGGAAGCUGGGUUAACACUGAGGACCCAGAAGGCUUCCCUUCCCAUCUCUAUCUUGGUAGCCCCCUCCAUUUCUGCCUUUCCCUCUCUCCUCUCUCCCUCUCUCUCUCUCUCUGUUUCUUCCAUUUGUGGAUGUUUUUUGUUUUGUUAUUUGGGGAGAGGAGAUGCCUUCUGACCCUCAUCACUCAUCAGCUCUCCUAGCUUCACAUGUCCAUCAGGCCUGGUUUCAGCAAUUUGCCAAUCCCAUUGAGGUCACCCCUGGAUUGUGGCCUCAGGAAGGGUGAGGAAGAACACUGUUCCCAUUAGAUCCCCUUGUCCCUAGCCUGUCCCUGUUCACUUUAGUAAAUCCCAAGUACACAAUCAGGCUUCCUCCUCUAGAAAUCCCCAGCAUUUUCUUGUUCCCUUCCUUCCUGAGACCCCUGUCCUAGGAGUAAGAGGGAACCACACCCAGCAGCCCCCCACCCAGGGUGUUCUGAUCUAGGAAACGGAGGCUGGGUAGAGGCUGAUGAAUGAGCUCUUCAUCCAUUCCUGGUGUCUGCUCUCCCUGGGGCCCUAUCCACCGGUUUCCCUCACCCUCUUGUACAGUCUCAGACUCUGCCAACGCCAAGACAGCCUGAUGGGCAGGGCUGCAGAGCCUCUGUAUGCUGUCUUUCAGGGAUGAGCAGGCACAGGCAGGGGCACUGCACAGACAGACCAGUGGGGACAAGGGGCCAGAACCUGGCUCAGCCUGACCUCAGGACCCCCUUCCCACCCUCCCCCCGCCCUCCGUAUCAGGUAUUUCAUUGAUUCUUUUCUACUCAAGCACACUCGGAGAAACAGGGACAGCUAAUAAAGAGUGUGUGUGCUGCUGAA